CCGCUGAGGAUGAGGAUGGUGUGUACUAGACGUGUUCUCCAGCAUUGGGUCUUUGCUCUGUUCUUACUGUGUUCUCCUGUCCCGCACCACGGCCGGCCCGUCGAUGCCCUCAGCAGCCGAAUCAAGCGUUCGGUAACACACGCUCAGCUGAUGCACGAUAAGGGCCGGACGCUGCAAGACUUUAAGAGACGCUUGUGGCUUCAGGAGCUUCUUCAUGAAGUUCAUACGGCUGAGGUCCGCGAGGCUCAGCAGCCGAGGGGCGGAGUCAGCAGCGGAGGGGGAGGCGGCUUCACCGUCGCCGUGCCGAUGGGAGUCGGCGUCUCCAUGGGAACGGGAACCGCCCAUCCGAAACCGGCCGGCGGCACCAAGAAUCUGCCGAUCAGCUUCCGUCUGGAGGACGAGGAGGGAACAAACCUCCCGCAAGAAACCAACAAGUCACAAACGUACAAGGAGAGCACGAUGAAGGCCAUCGGGAAGAGGAAGAAGAAAGGAAGAGUGGGGAAGAGGAGAGAUGGGGAGAAGAGGAAGAGAAGGGCUCGUUCACUGGAAGAGUUCGGCAGCGGCUUCCACCUGGAGUGGGCGAUGCACUAAAACACUGUCAGUCUUUGACAACGAUCCGCGAGGACUUUUGAAAUGGACACCUAAAUGCUCAUGUUACCGUCCACUGUAAAAGUGAGAGGAAAAUAUUUAUUGUCUGUAAAUAUUCUCAAUGCGCCCGAACAGUGACAAUGACAAAUAACGAAACUGCUAAAGCAUUAUUACAGCUCCACGGAGCUACAGAUUUGGAUCCUUGUGAAUACUUUGCUUUGUUUCUUUUUCCUUUUUAUUCUUUUUUUAUUUUUAGGACUAUGCCUCUAUUACGGUGUCAGAAUUCCUGUAAUUUAUUUUGUUUGAAUGGUGUAUUUAUUUUUUAAAGGUAUCAAGGUGCUGCUGACCUUCUAUAUUUUUGUACUAUAAUGCACUUUAGAUAUAUAAAUAUAGAAAUAUAUACAAGUCAUUUUGUUAAUGGACGUAUUUUGUGGUUCAGUUGAAUGAAGAAGACUAUAGUCAUGCCCACCUCUCUGUCUGUUCAUUGUGUGUUCAUCAGCUUUGGCAUCCAUGUUUCUGUGAGUCUGUCCCAAAACUUAGUGAGCCGCCUAGCUAGACAGCAUCAUAGACUCAUUCCCUAUCCGAAGGCAUCCUUCACAUACAAGACAGUCACAGAAAGCUUACUAAAAUCAAACAUCCAACACUCAAAAAUUGUACAUUUACGUAUUUGAAUUGCAUAUUAAACUUCCAUUCAUUUGGAUUACGCCGUUUUAACAAACUAAUAAACUUAGGGUGCGUUUACACAACAACGAUGUACUAAAAAUGAAAACAUUUUUCCUUCGAGUUUUUCGCGUACAGACCAAAACGUGAAAAUGAAAAUUAAAACGACUAGACGCGUAAUGUUUCUUUACAAAGUGACAUCGCCAUCUACUGGCCUGACGACAGAAUAUAG